UUCCCGGCGAUAAACUCUCCAGGCAUAAACAUUUUCUCCGAGGUUCUCUUAUCUGGUCCAAUGCGUCGUCACAUGCCCGGGUCCCCUCUACUGCGUCUAUGCCCGGGCAGCAUGUUCAAGAACAGGUCUUUUCCCCUCUUGUCUUUAUCAGUCACAGAAACCAGUUAUAUUUCCCCCUUCUUUUUGCUUUAGAAUUCAUAGAACCAAAUGUCCAGCCUCAGAAUCCUCGUUGGCGUCAAGCGCGUGGUCGACUCGGCCGUCAAGGUGCGUGUGAACAAGGCGCUGACCGGCGUCGAAACCACCAACGUCAAGCACAGCAUGAACCCGUUUGACGAAAUCGCCGUGGAGGAGGCGGUGCGUCUGCGCGAGAAGCACGGCAAGCUGGUGUCUGAGAUCAUCGCGGUUUCGUGCGGGCCGACCAAGGCGACGGAGACCCUGCGCACGGCGCUGGCGAUGGGCGCGGACCGGGCGAUCCACGUGAAGACGGAUUCGGCGCUGGAGCCGCUGUCGGUGGCGAAGCUGCUGAGCAAGGUGGCGGCGGAGGAGAAGCCGGACCUGGUGAUCCUGGGCAAGCAGGCGAUUGACGAUGAUGCGAACCAGACGGGCCAGAUGCUGGCGGGACUGCUGGGAUGGCCGCAGGCGACGUUUGCAAGCAAGGUCACGGUGGAUGGCGGUGCCUUGGAGGUUGUGCGCGAGGUGGACGGCGGCCUGGAGACGGUCAAGGCGGAGCUGCCGGCGGUGGUGACGACGGAUUUGCGCCUGAAUGAGCCGCGGUACGCGUCGCUGCCCAACAUCAUGAAGGCGAAGAAGAAGCCGCUCAAGACUGUCUCGCCCGCGGACCUCGGCGUCGAGGUUGCCCCCAGGCUGCAGACUAUCAAGGUCACUGAGCCGCCGAAGCGCCAGGGCGGCAAGAUCGUUGAGAGCGUCGACGAGCUGCUGAGCAAGCUCCGCACCGAGGCCAAUGUGCUGUAAAGCUGGGGAGGGAUAUCACUUUCUAUUUCACAAGGAAAAAAUACAUCCUUUUUCCACCCCCUUUUUCCCCUCUUUUUGCUUAUCGCUAUUUAGGUAAAUUUCAUAAUGCAUCCUCAGCUGGCAGACCAUUUGAACCCUGGGUGCGUGGACCUGGUCAACCGCCUGAUGAACUGCCAUGCCGACCACCGGUUUGCCAAGUUCUUUGGCAAAUGCAAUGCGCUCAGCGAGGCGCUGAACGCCUGUCUCGGUGCCGAG